AUCAUCACCAGAACAGUCAACGACCAGUGUGGCACAGACAUGGACCCAUGGACGAUCUCAAAAGUAUUAACUGCAGAUCAGAGUGAAACGAUGGUAAAUUCAAAACAAGCCAAUGAAUCUCUCAGUACCGUAACUGCCAUGUUUGAUGUUAAAAGAGAGAGCCCUAACAAAAUCGUUGAAUUUGUCUUUAUUGUGUUUGCUGCAGGAUCUUUAAGUUUCCUGACCUUUACUGGAAACAUUCUGGUUAUUAUUUCUAUCAAACGAAACAAACAUUUACAGACUAUUAAUAACUAUUUCCUAUUAAGCUUAGCCUGUGCAGAUAUGAUUCUUGGCGCAGUCUCUAUGAAUCUAUAUACAAUUUAUCUUGCUUUUGGCUACUGGCCGCUGGGGCCAGUGAUAUGCGAUUUAUGGCUGGCUUUAGAUCAUGUUGUUGGUAAUGCCUCUUCCAUGAACAUUUUUAUCAUCAGCUUUGACCGUUACUCAUGUGUGACAAACCCUAUGAGCUACCCAGUGAAGAGAACAAGUCAAAUUGCGGGAAUAAUGAUUGCAAUGGCUUGGAUAGUGCCAUUCAUCGUGUGGGGCCCUUCCAUUCUCUUCUGGCAAUUCAUUGUAGGGGAGCGUACAGUUAGCGAGGGUGAGUGCUAUGUCCAGUUUCUUUCGAAUCCAGCCAUCACUCUUGGGAUUACUAUAGGCUCCUUUUUUUUCCCUGUUAUUAUCAUGGUCAUUUUCUAUGUGCACAUAUCUCUUGCAAGCAAGAGAAGGAUAAAGCAGGAUAAAAAGAAACAUGAUUCAGGGAAUGGAUCAAAUUUUCCCAAUCCCGUGAAGGGCAAGGUUAUGAAAUUGAGUAAUAACAAUGUGCCAAAUCUUUCUGAAGGUUUACCGCAUGAUGAACAGCAAAAGGCAGAAAUAAAUCAUGCUCUUACAAUGGAUAACUCUGGAGAAGAGCUGAACAAAGAAGUGAUUAAUGAGUCAAAAUCUUUCAGUAAGCUCGCAUCUAAGGAGGGGGCAAUGACCCAAGAGAUAACAAUAAAUUCUCUUGCACACAGUUGUUACCAGAAGGGAAACAUUGAAUUGUCCUGCAUAGAAACACUUGCAAAAUCUCAAAAUAAUGAGCUUAUUGACACCACAGAAGGGAUAAUAAAAGGCAUCAGAAAUGGGGAUAACAGUAUAAAAAUGAUCAGAGAAGACACUCAGGUUGUUGAAAUCAUUAAGACUCAUGUUAAGAAACAGAAGGUACCUGUGAACAGAGAGAAGAAGGUGACCAUGACAGUUCUGGCUAUUCUCCUCGCAUUUAUCAUCACCUGGACCCCAUAUUUUGUCAUGCUUCUUAUUAGCACCUUCUGUUCAAUCUGUGUACCAGGCAUAGUCUGGAUUUUUGGAUAUUGGCUCUGUUAUAUCAACUGCACCAUCAACCCAUUUUGUUACGCAUUGUGUAAUAGUACCUUCAAGAAAACAUUCAAGUAUCUUCUGCUGUGUCAGUACGAGAGCAUUGGAGCAACAAAAUAAACAACAUAAGAAAAACUUUACAAUCAUUUCAUCGAUUUCAAUAUUAGAAAUUUACAGUAGUGUGCAUUCAAAAGUGUAUGCAACUUAUGUUUUCAUUUUCUCAAAUUAUCUGAAAUGGUGUCAUAUAACAUCCACAAUAUUAGAAGCAUAGUUUGAAUUAUAUCUAACGCCUGUUAUAAUUGAAGAAUGUAGUCAUACUAGAAUAUAUCAUUCUGAUUUG